GCACUGGCAACACUUACUAUUGAUGUGCACGCAUCAGUGCUGCGCGUGACCUGUGCGUGUACGCGAGUAAAGUGGCAUUUAUAAAAUUAACAUUACGCAUACCAUUUUGAACGAAAUGAGCAUUGAAUUAAAAGAAAAAUUAAUAGAACAAGUCAGAAAGUAUCAAUGUAUUUACAACCCAGCACACAAACAGUACAAAAAUAUCAACUACAAAACGACGUUGUGGAACAACAUCGCGGCGGAACUGAAUAUCGAAGGUUCCAAAGCAAAAGAGACGUGGCGCUCUCUGCGAGACGGAUACAUUCGCUACAAAAAACAUGUAAAAGGGCAAUCAGGCAUAGGUAGAAAAUAUUGCUAUUUCACUUGGAGCUCACAAUUAGCAUUUUUAGAUAAAGCGUUGAAAUUAGGACCAACAACUACCAAUCCAACAACGCUGCAAAACGGAUCCGAAUUUGGCGAUGCUACUGGGCCGCAACAAUCAUCACUUACCCAAGAACUACCACAUUCAUCAGAACUUUCGCUGUCGUCUCCACUAUCAGGUUGUUCCUGGGCAGGACCUCCGCCGCUAUCACGAACACCAGACUUCAAUACUUCCACACAAUCACUACUGCAUCUGGAUACUAACUCACCGUCAUCGCUUUCUUCAUUGUUACUUCAGAAGAUUGUUGAAGCAGAGAAUAAAAGAGCAAAAUAUGAUGCCGUUGACCUUUUAUUUAUGAGUUAUGCAGCCACCUUCAGAAGAUUGACAUUAAGAAAGCAAGCGGAAUUAAAAGUAAAAUUAGCGCAACUUUUCGCUGACGCCGAAUUUAAUGAAAUGGAUAAUUUUCCAAUGCAUGACCCCCAACCAUGCUCACCAGUAAUACAUUCAGUAAUGUUAGAAGAACCAACAUCGCAGAACUUUGUAGAGCUUAAAAGUGAAUGUGACAGUGACUGAAAAUGCUUAUUUAAGUAAACAAAUGAGAAA